CCGCCGAGUGUCAGUGGCCGCGCUGUGAUGGCGGCGGCAGCCUCGGCUCGGGGCGCCCGCGGGGCUGUGCCGCUCCUGACUCGGCGUGGGCCCCGCGCCAUGGGGAGCAGCCGCGGCGGGCGGCUCGCCUGAGGCGGCGGCGGCGGAGACAGCGGAGGGAGGGCGCGGCACUGCCGAGGGAGCCCCGCCGCGGGGGCCGCGACCCGCGCCGCCGGGGAUGCUGCGCUGGGUCCGGCAGCAGCUGGGUUUUGACCCACCGCAUCAAAGCGACACAAGAACUAUUUAUAUAGCAAACCGUUUUCCCCAGCAUGGCCAUUAUGUUCCUCAGAAGUUUGCAGACAACAGAAUCAUAUCAUCCAAGUAUACAGUGUGGAAUUUUGUUCCAAAAAACUUAUUUGAGCAGUUCAGAAGAGUAGCCAACUUUUAUUUUCUCAUUAUAUUUUUGGUUCAGCUCAUGAUAGAUACCCCUACCAGUCCUAUUACCAGUGGAUUGCCAUUAUUCUUUGUCAUAACUGUGACAGCCAUAAAACAGGGCUAUGAGGACUGGCUGCGACAUAAAGCAGACAAUGAAGUCAAUGGUGCUCCAGUUUAUGUUGUUCGAAGUGGUGGCCUUGUGAAAACCAGAUCUAAAAACAUUCGGGUGGGGGACAUCGUCAGAGUAGCCAAAGAUGAGACUUUCCCUGUUGAUCUGGUGCUCCUGUCGUCUGACCGAGUGGAUGGUUCAUGCCACGUUACCACUGCAAGUUUGGAUGGAGAGACCAAUCUUAAGACACAUGUUGCAGUCCCAGAAACAGCAGUGCUGCAGUCUGUUGCCAACCUGGACAAACUGGUAGCUGUUAUAGAAUGUCAGCAGCCAGAAGCAGAUCUAUACAGAUUUGUUGGAAGAAUAACUGUAAGUCAACAAGCUGAAGAAAUAGUACGACCCCUUGGGCCUGAAAGUCUCUUACUUCGUGGAGCAAGAUUAAAAAACACUAAAGAAAUAUUUGGUGUUGCUGUGUAUACAGGUAUGGAGACAAAGAUGGCAUUAAAUUACAAGAGUAAAUCUCAGAAACGGUCAGCAGUAGAAAAGUCCAUGAAUUCCUUUUUGAUUAUUUAUCUAAUAAUCCUCCUCUUUGAAGCCAUUCUGAGCACUAUUUUAAAGUAUGCAUGGCAAGCUGAAGAGAAAUGGGAUGAGCCUUGGUAUAAUGAAAAAACUGAGCAUGAAAGAAACAGCAGUAAGAUCCUGAGAUUUAUUUCAGAUUUUCUUGCUUUUCUGGUACUUUACAAUUUUAUCAUACCCAUUUCACUCUAUGUGACUGUUGAGAUGCAGAAAUUUCUUGGGUCUUUUUUUAUUGGCUGGGAUCUUGACCUCUAUCAUGAAGAAACAAACCAGAGAGCACAAGUAAAUACUUCAGACCUCAAUGAGGAAUUGGGACAGGUAGAGUAUGUGUUUACAGACAAAACUGGUACAUUAACUGAAAAUGAGAUGCAGUUUCGGGAGUGCUCUAUUAAUGGCAUAAAGUACCAAGAGGUCAAUGGUAAACUAACUCCAGAGGGAUUUUCUGAAGAUUCUCCAGAUGGAAAUAGGCAUGGUUUGGUGAAAGAGGAAGAGCUCUUCUUGAAAGCAGUUUGUCUGUGCCAUACAGUGCAGAUCAAUGCAGAUCAGACAGAUGGUGCUGAUGGUCCCUGGCAUGCCAAUGGAAUAACAUCCCCCCUGGAAUAUUAUGCUUCUUCCCCAGAUGAGAAGGCUUUGGUGGAAGCUGCAAGCCGGGUUGGAGUAGUAUUUACUGGAAUUAGUGGAGACAGUAUGGAAGUAAAAAGUCUUGGAAAACCAGAGAGGUAUAAAUUGCUUCAUGUUUUGGAGUUUGAUCCAAAUCGCAGGCGAAUGAGUGUCAUUGUAGAGAGUCCCUCAGGGGAGAAGCUUUUAUUCACAAAGGGAGCAGAAUCUUCCAUUCUUCCUCGUAGUAAGAGUGGAGAAAUAGAUAAAACAAGGAUACAUGUGGAUGAAUUUGCUUUGAAAGGCCUAAGAACUUUGUGUGUGGCCUACAGAAGAUUCACACCCGAGGAGUACCAAGAAAUUGGGAAACGCCUUCAUGAGGCCAGGACUGCCUUACAGCAGCGAGAAGAGAGAUUAGCAGAUGUGUUCAACUUCAUAGAAAGGGAUCUGGAGUUGCUUGGGGCUACAGGAGUAGAAGACAAACUGCAGGAGAAAGUCCAAGAAACUAUAGAAGCCCUCAGGCUGGCUGGUAUCAAAGUGUGGGUGCUCACUGGAGACAAGCAUGAAACAGCUGUUAGUGUCAGUUUGUCCUGUGGACACUUUCACAGAACCAUGAACAUCCUUGAGCUUGUGCAGCACAAGUCAGACAGUACCUGUGCAGAACAGCUGAGGCAGCUAGCCAAGAGAAUAAAGGAAGACCAUGUUAUCCAGCAUGGACUGGUUGUGGAUGGGACCAGCCUCUCUCUGGCACUCAGGGAACAUGAAAAACUGUUCAUGGAAGUUUGCAAAAACUGCUCUGCAGUGUUGUGCUGUCGCAUGGCACCCCUCCAGAAAGCAAAGGUGGUUCGACUGUUAAAAACCUCUCCGGAGAAGCCCAUAACGUUAGCGAUCGGAGAUGGUGCUAAUGAUGUGAGCAUGAUCCAGGAGGCACAUGUUGGCAUAGGAAUCAUGGGCAAGGAAGGAAGGCAAGCUGUAAGAAACAGUGACUAUGCAAUAGCACGAUUUAAAUUCCUCUCCAAGUUGCUUUUUGUUCAUGGGCACUUUUACUAUAUUAGAAUAGCAACCCUUGUACAGUACUUUUUUUAUAAGAAUGUGUGCUUUAUUACACCACAAUUUUUAUAUCAGUUCUUCUGUUUGUUUUCACAACAAACGCUCUAUGACAGUGUAUACCUGACUUUGUACAAUAUUUGUUUCACUUCCCUGCCUGUCCUCAUCUACAGUCUUUUUGAGCAGCAUGUGCACCCGCAUGUAUUGCAGAGUAAACCUGUGCUCUACAGAGACAUCAGUAAAAAUGCCCAUCUGGGGUUUAAACCAUUUCUUUACUGGACCAUCUUGGGCUUCUUUCAUGCAUUUGUUUUCUUUUAUGGCUCGUAUCUUCUAAUGGGAGAAGACACUUCUCUGCUGGGAAAUGGCCAGAUGUUUGGGAACUGGACAUUUGGUACUUUGGUCUUCACCGUUAUGGUUAUAACUGUUACGAUGAAGAUGGCACUAGAAACUCACUUCUGGACAUGGAUAAACCAUUUUGUUACUUGGGGAUCCAUUGUAUUUUAUUUCAUAUUCUCCUUGUUUUAUGGGGGAAUUAUCUGGCCAUUUUUACAUACCCAGGACAUGUACUUUGUAUUUGUUCAACUGUUGUCAAGUGGUUCUGCUUGGUUUGCCAUAAUCCUCAUAGUAGUUGCUUGUUUGUUUAUUGAUGUUGUGAAGAAAGUGCUGUACAGACAUCUGCAACCAACAAGUACUGAAAAAGCUCAGCUUACUGAGGCAGGUUCAGGUAUCAACUGCUUGGACUCCAUGUGCUGCUUCUCAGAUGGGGAAACAGCAUGCACAUCUGUUAGAAGAAUGCUGGAACGACUAAUGGGAAGGUGUAGCCCAACCCGGGUCAACAGAUCAUGGAGUUCAACGGAUCCCUUCUAUGCCAACGACAGGAGCAUCUUGACUCUCUCCACAAUGGACUCAGCCACUUGCUGACAGGGACAUUUUUGAAUGCCUUGUGGAAGCCCUGUGGUGCUCACACACCUGUAGCAGGUGCUGAGGCGAGCUCAGUGUCCGGCGCUGCCCUAGGAAAGCCCAGAGGACUCCUGAGUCCAGGCAGGGCUUGUCUGGCCUGGCAAAAUCUGCACUGCAAUUGCUUCCAGGAUUUUUUCUAAUUAUAUCGACAAAUUGCUAAAUAAGUUUUUGGUUUUUUGGGGUUUUUUUUAAGGAAUGCUUUUACCUCAGACCAUUUGAUCCUUUUUGUUGCUGUAUGAGCAGAUAGGAGUCCUACAUUUAAUACUGGAGAUGUCCCUAUAGGGCAAUGACAGAAAUCUUUCUCCUCCCAAAUUUGAGUGAUCCAAUUUGAAUCAAUUUGAAUCUGCACAAUUAAACUUCUAAAAGUUGUGGUUUUAGUGAUGACCCUUCCUUUUAAACACACAUUCAUUUUGAGCUGUCUUGCAGAUGCUGUCUUAGCAGUUUGCAAAUCAAUUUUGUUACUUCUGUGGACAGUUACUGUAUUCUAUAAGCAAUCAUUUUAGUAAUUUUUGAGAGUUAAAUGCAAUUCAAAUAUUUAUGCUGGUGUAUGAGUGGCUAAUAUAUUAGCCAUUGCUUUGAAAAACACUUAACUGUGACAAAUCAGUAAUUUGGAAUAAUAAGGGGUAUAACAGCUCACUGUUCUCCUGAAGUACAAUUCAAAAACCAGUCAUCUUUUAUUAUGCCCUGUAUCUUUUGUUAAGCGUUCUGGAUCCUGACAUGGAAAAAAUUGUUAAGAAUUGGUGGAUUGAGCAGAAGUCUCACUAGCAUAAAUUUUUGAAUUAUUAAUCCUUUUAAAGUUGGGGAAUUUUUGCAUGUUUUGUUCUUUUUCAUGUGUUUAUAUUCGGUCACAUUGUACUUUGAAGAUAUAAUUAAUGCUUAAUUAUCUUCGUCUAUCGGAAGGAUCCGAGACCUUGAUGGCAAUGUUUUGAUACCUAAGUAUGCCAAUAAAAACAAAUUGCACAGUUGGAGCUCUGGGUGGUGCAUCCUGCAGGUGCCUCCCUGUCCCAGUACAGACCUGUCUGCAUGGUGGGGGCUGGGGAGCAGCAACAUUUCACUGUUCCCUCAGCCAGGGAGGCUGAACCCACUGCUUGUCCUGGGAUGUGGGAGAUGAAGUGGAGGUGCCUUAGAACAGAGCUGUUCAUGGCUGGGGACUGGGAAAAGUGCUGCUGCUCCAGGACACCUCCUUCUGUCACCUCUGACAGGGACAUCCCAUCAAUAAUUGGAGUACUCGUCCUUUCGGGCAGUUGAAAGUUUAAAGAUCCAUCUUAAAAUAAGCUCUGGGUAAAAACUGUAAAUCUGGGCUGCUGCAAACCUGGCUGACUGUAACUGGGCUGCUGCCAGGGGUGUGCAUCCCUCUUGUCAUCCCCAAUUCUCCCAAGUUCAAUGAGCAAAGGAACAGGUCCCACUUUCCUGGGAUCACAUCCUUCAGGUGUUCCUUACCUACAAACAGCUCUGCCAUUCAUUUUCCUGCCCCUGACUUUAACUGGGAUUAUUUCAGCUCUCCUCUUGGAGCUUUGUUUUUGCACUAGUGCCUGGCAGCUUCUCUCAGACCUGAAGGCUGCAGGUACCAUGGAGUUUACAAGAUCUCAGUGCUCCAGGCAACAUCUGUGUAAGAAAGAAAUUGUCAUCGCAACUUCGUUGUUAAAUUCCUAGUGACUUGAACUUGCAGCACCCAAGGGAUUUUUCCCACUGUUACAGGUAAAUUAAGAAGCUUUAAAAAUAAAUAACGAGACAAGAAGAAGGCAAAAAAUACACCAAAUUUUUCUUUAAAAUAAGUGUUUAAUUCAGCGUUCAUAGUGCAUUUUUGUGUCAUGUCUUCAGAUGCCUGAGUGCAGUGAAGCUUGAGGCUGAAAAUGUCAAUGUGCACUAGAUCCCCCCAGCGAGUGCCCAGGGGAUGAAGAAACACUAAAAUUGAGCCUUGUCUUCUCAUGCAGCAGGUAUGACAUGUGACUAAUCCCACUGCAUGGGGCUGAAAACCUGGAUCCAGCUGGAGAGGCAAUAAUCCAUCCAGUCCCCUCCAGAUCUGCAAGUAGUAGCAAAAUAUACUUAAUUUUCACCGACUCCUCGAACUUCCUUUAUAUUUCAUAUCUAUCUUAAACCUGGGUUUAAAAUAAUAAUUUUCUUCCUAGUAGUUUCUCUUCCUAGGAGUCUUCAUGCUGCCAUGGAUACAUAGGAAAUACAGAAUUACUUACUACUCUAAUCAGAUAUCUGCUGUUUAGCUGUAUUUCACACCUCAACCAGAGUGUUUCACCUUUCAGCAGUGCUUGUUUGUGUCAGGCACAGCAUUGUCCUGUCAGUGUGUGUGACCGUGUGCCCUCAUCCAUCUGUGUGCUUUGUGUGUCCUGCCCUGAGCCUGUUCCUUGUGUGAGGGGAGCAGAGGCUUUGCCCAAAACCCCACUCCAAGCAUUUCCACUGGCCCAGCUCUGUAGGUGAUGUAUUUUGGCUUUUACCACACCAGUGUGUUGAGUAGAUUUGCACAGAAGCAGCACAGUCGUGUAUUUGAAGAAUUAAUUUGCACUCAUGAUGUGUUUCUUUAAAACCUUCCAUCUCCUCUCCUCCCUUUCCCCCUGCUUUCCCUUUUCCCAGUGUUUGUAAGGUUACCGAAGAAACUUGCAUUUAAACAAUUCAGGAAGGACUUAAGAAUCCAUCCCUCGGCCAAGGUAUAUUUUUCUAUUUGCAGUAAAUCUAAGUCAGUAAUGUCUCAUUGAGUAAGAGCAUUGAUGUGGUUUGCUUAAGAACAGAUUUUUUUGUGUGACAGAUAUUCUGUGUGGAAGUCACUGGGGUUUUGUGUUGAUAUCACAAAUCUUUUAAAAAUGCUCCUAUUCAAGGAAGAAAGACUUUGUGUGUUUCUUUGAUAGCUGAAGUGUAGGAGCCAGUUCACUGUGCCCUGGGCACAUUGCAGAGUCCUUCAUGAGGGAAACUGAAAAAUCCAGCUAAAAUCCAGCGUAAUGCUGGCAUUCACCUCCCAGUGGAAAUGUGAAUGGCUGGGGGAGGCUUUGCCAUGGGGAGGAAAAGUUUUAUUAUUUAUCUUUUAGCCUUGAAAUCCAUAAAAGCCUGUAGCAGAUGUUUGUAGUUCAAGAGUAGUGUGCACUCACUUUACUAUGCAGUGUCCCCGAGGAAGCACCUUCCCCAUGGGAUCAUGUUCUCUGCAGGUCAGUUCUGCCUCUGGGAAAAAUAGGGUUUGGUUUUGUUACUUAGGAAAAUUUUAGUUGCUAAACUCAUGCUUUUAAGAGGAUGCAGUGGAAAAAACACCUGAGAUGUUCUGAAUUGGAUCAAAAACUAAAAUGUAAAUAUUCUGUUUAAAUAUACUCUGUAUUUUUUAAGAUUACAGCAGGGAAGGGGGAACAGAAGCUUCAAAGGAAGGAAUGCUGAAAACUUUGUUUUUCAUUUUCAGAAAGAUUUGAGAAAAGCUUAUGCAACUUAGAAUGCAUAUUAAGCACCUAUAAUUUUUUAUAGGAAUAAAGUAUAAUUUUCUAGUGCUAGAAGUGUCUUAAAGCUGCAGCCUAAAUGAUUUUUCAUAGUUCUGUCUACUACUGCUGUACUUUUGAAUAUCUGUGAUUUUGGUGAAAUUGUCUUCCAAAGUGCUCAAGCAAAAUGUGCUUUUGAACUACUUGAGGUUAUUUGUUUUUUGGUGUAGAAUCCCUAAUACCUCACCAUUGUCACUGCCCUCACUACUGCUUUUUUACACAGAUUGUUACACAGAUGUCACUGCUUAAAGGAGCCGUUCCUAGAGCUGGGCAAACCGUUCACCAGGGCCUCAUUUUAGCCUUUAUCCCGUUCCUAAAUUAUUUCCCAGCCAGACUCUGCUUUGCAGCUCUGGGCCGGUUUUGUUUUUUUUUUUUUCAAAUGUUUUUAUUGUUGGUUGUUUCGCACGUUGCCUGCUUCUGUUGUUUGUUCCCAGUGGCACGGUUUGGUUUCUGCUCUGCUUCGGAGCAGGGCCGGGCUGCGGGGAUGCUGUGGCAGCUCCUGCCGCGGGAUGUGCAGGGAUGUGCCAGGGAUGUGCCAGGCUUCUGCUUCCUAUGGGUUUCUCUCUCCCUUCAGCUCAGUGCUGCUCCCAAGGCGUCAGGACUGGCUCAGAGCCGUGUGUGCUGCCACGGCCGCCUGUGCUGCUGCUGCUCCGG